AACUGCUUCUUUUAGAAAUACUACUAAGUCGAUCGUUAGAGCUCCUUGUCUGUCUUCUGAAAAUAAUGAAAUCUUAUUUUUUCGUAAAGCAGAACGUCAGUUCAUGCAAUUGAAUAUAGUAUAUCAAAACUGACUAGCGGAGGACUGCAUAAUAGUGACUCACGGUCGUUACAUAUUACAUUUAAAAAAGAUUAAUAACUAAGCAACAGUAAGUUAUGACUGAGGCAGAUGGGCUCAACCGCCGAAAAACACCACAUACAAAGUUGGAGAUGCUCAGUGAGCAGAGCCUCCCUGCUUCUGUACACAGAUUCCUCUUCGGUCAUCCUGAUCGGUUCCCUGUCGUCCGGCUUUUCGCUGGAGUGGCCUUUGGGGUUUUUUGUGGGCUAGGAUUAUUCAUCGGGCUAACAAACAACAUUCCCAUGUCCGCUGUGUCCAGAUGGAUUUCAGGAUACGUUUUUGUGGGUCUCUGUGUUAUAGGUGCGGUAACUUCCUCUUAUUUUCGGUGUUCGGUCCUCCUGAUGUUUCCCUGCAUGCUCAGCUCUCAGGGGAGGACCUACAUUAUGCUUUUAGUCCUGUAUGCUGUCUAUCAAGGUCCUGUUGCCAACAUCCAUCGUAAUGUCCAGGAUGUAGCUUUCUCUAUGGGAUGCAACAUUGACCUUCAGGUGGAGCACAGCAAAGUCAUGUGGGAGGCUCUGCUCGAUCCGCUCAUGAACGUGGUGCAGAGCAUUGUGGAUCACAAAGACGUGCUUCAAGGUGAAGCCGAGAACGUGAGCAGGAUGUUCCAGAACAUCACGGACGAGAUAAUGGGGGAGUAUGGUUAUGACACCAAAGACCAGAAGCUUGCAGGGACAGGAAACAGCACGCAGGAACAGUUUUUUGCCAAGACUUUGAUGCGCUGUGACUAUGUGGUACAGAAUGGAAUAACUCAGUGCCGGAACUGGUUCAAUUCCACGUGGCAGAAGUGCAUGAGGGACGUCCAGGUCCCUUUGAUCAACCUCAUCCUGUGUGUGCCUCUGCAGCUCCACUUCUUAUGUGAUGUCAUGAAAGUUAUGAUUCCGUGGUGCAAACAGGAAAUUCCAGUGGAUGUGAACUUUGGGGAUGUGUAUGACAAGUUAAAUGACUGCAUUAACAGACUGCGAGGUGAUUUUGGCGCCAGUGUGGUCUACAAGAGGACUGAGCAGGAAUCAAUCCUGUCACAGGAAGAAUUCGUGGAGAAGCUAAGUAGAGAAUUUGACAAGAAAAUGGUUGUUUUAGAGCAGAUUCUGGAUAUCUUCCAUGGUCUUCUCUCUUGUACCUUCAUAUUCAUCUUUAUCUCGGCAUUUAGGUACGGCAGGCAGUAUAACCGUGACAUUUGCUUUGACAAUAUGUACAUCACCACUUACUUCAGACAAAUCGAUGCACGGAGGAGGAAGGCAGGCAAGCGACACCUCUUGCCAUUGAAGAAGGCUGAACAGCCCUAUUUCAUCAAUCCAUGGAGUCUCUACAUAUAUCCGUGUGAGCUCAGGUGUUUGGUUCUAGGUUUGUUGCAGGUUAUCUCUCUAGGCAUCUGUGUAGGGUUACUGCUGGUCACCGACUGGGUCCUGUAUCGCAUUUUUGACAUUGUCCGCAAGUACACCCUCACAGAGUUCUCCAUCCACAGCAGCCAUCAUAUGGAAUUCAGCGUUGGAGGACAGUCCAUGCUCGCAAAACUCUUACAGAAAACUGUUCAUGCUUUCAACACCUCUUCAAACUUGGAGGUGAAGUCCAGCAACAAACACUGCCUGCCCAACCCCAACGCUUUAAGCUGGGAGGAAUACCUGUGGAUCUUCUCACCUCUCUUGGUGAUGGCCACCAUGUGUUGUUUGCAAGUCUACAGCAACCGCUUGCGUCGUAUCAUCGCCGCAUUCUACUUUCCAAAGAUGAAUGGGCAAAAAUCCCCAUGGACUCCACUCCAAAAACUUUUGGACAGCCUUCCCAGAAGAAUGGCAGCUGUUACAGCUGCUAGAAGGGGAACCAAUUCCACAUUGACGCCUGUGGAUUUAGAAUGGGAUGUCCUUGAAGUCGCCGUAGCGAGAGAAGAAGCGGACCCUGUUCCUGUACAACCUGCAGAUUCAGAGGCGCAUCUCGUACGUGGAAACUCAGCGCAUCCGGCUCAUGAGACGAGGGAAACCGCGCCGGACGGUCUUCUCAGCGCUGCUCUUCAUGUUGGAGAAGCUACCUCUGAAGCUCCGGCGGUGCUGCGUCUGCGGGGAUCGUCAGGGCGGGAGCCGGGCGGUGCGCUGUCCCGGGGCGGUCUGCGAGGCAGUCUACUGCCCCCAGUGCUGGAGGGACCUCGGCCGCCGCUGCUUCGCCUGCACCCCUUACACGCAUUUUGGACCCGACGUCCCGUACGACACCCAUACUUAUGCCGAAUAAGAAAACACAAACUAGAUUGAUUACGUGUCUACAGACAGACACAUGAAUGUGCCCCAGCAAGGACAUACAGAUGAACUGAAAAGUGAAUCGAUAUAGCCCAGUAGGGCAACCUAAAACUCCAGUUACAUUUAGAAACAGGAACAGUGAUGGUAAUGCGUAUGAUACAUGAAAGGUAAUUAGACACAUGCAGAGAUAAUCCAGCCUUCAAGGUUGUCAGACAUGUAAACAAAAGCAUUUGCUAAAAGAUGGAAUAUACAGUAUGUAGCAAUUGCCAAGAGAUGUGUGUUGUGCGUUUUUUUAAUGUAUAUCCACAGUUCUUAAUUACUUUUGUAGGAUCCUGUCUGAUUAAUAAUUCAUUCUCUGCUGUUACUGGAUGUGUACUGCAAGCAUUUUUUUCCUUUUAAUUACCUCACGGUCAGUACGGUACAGUAAUUAUGACACUUUGAUUGAAGUGUAAAUGUAGGAAGCAAUAUUUACAAAAAACAUUAAAAGUACUUAAUGCCAAACGCGCAAGAAAAUUA